UGCAGAGCUAAAACACACUCAGAACCAAGAAAGAGAGUGAAUGUGAAGGACAAGUGAUACAAAGAAACCACCAAACAAGAGUAGAUUCAGGAGCUGUGAGUUCUUGGAACAGGUGAAGAAACAAGGUCAAGCAAACAUGGCGACAGGGGUCACCACCCAACGUGCCCCAGGGAUCCUGGCCAACGAAGAUUAUAGUCUGUACAGCAGCCUCAGCGAGGAUGAGCUCAUGCAGAUGGCCAUAGAGCAGAGCCUGAUGGACAUUCCUAGACCAGCAGCUGCCCAGAGCCUUCAGAAACCAACAACAACAAGAAGGAGCCAGCCUGCAGCAACUGGAGAGGCAGCUGAAGACAGAAGACCUGCCAGAGCCAACCCACAAGCCCCCACUGCUUACCCUCCCAGUGGACCUCUUCAACCCACUGGGACAGAUACUGCACUCAGUGCAUUUAUCACUGGAAACGGAAAGCAAUGCAUCUCCUGGAGAAGAUACGACGGGAGCAUUUUCGUAACCGAACAAGUCUACGAACCAAAUCCUGUUGCCACAGCGAUCAUGCUUGGAGAUGUAGACACUCUGACCAAGAUGAUGAAAUCUGGAAAAAAUAUGGCUGAAGAGGACAAGGAUGGCUGGCUACCUCUACAUGAAGCUGCAUAUUAUGGCAAACUUGACAUUUUAAGAAUGCUGCUGAGAGCUUACCCAGGGACAAUUGAUAAACGCACACUGCAUGAAGAAACACCUCUGUACUUAGCGACCAUCAGAGAGAACAUUGACUGUGUACAGUUCCUGUUAGAGUCUGGAGCAGAACCCGAUAUCGCAAACAAGUCCAAGGAAACGCCUCUCUACAAAGCUUGCGAACACAAGAAUGCAGAAAUUGUGAGACUGCUGAUGAGGUUCAAUGCUGACGUUAACCAUCGCUGUAGCCAGGGCUGGGCAGCCCUCCAUGAAUCUGCCACUAAGGAUAGCGUGGAAAUUGUUGAAAUCCUGGUGCAAGGUGGAGCCAAGAUUGAAGCCACCAACAUCUAUGGUGUCACACCUCUUUUUGUUGCAGCACAGAGUGGAAACGUUGGGCCUUUGCGAUACCUUAUAUCGUUGGGUGCGGAUGUCAACACCCAGGCCAGUGACGGUGCGACUGCUUUGUAUGAAGCCAGUAAAAACGGACAUGAUGAGGUGGUGGAGAUUCUCCUUUCUCAAAACGCAGAUGCCAACAAACCCAACAAGCAUGGAUUGCUGCCACUACACUUAGCGGCCCAGUGUGGAACUUAUGGAAAAAAGCUGUAUUACAAUGAAGUGGGUCGAACUGAUGACCAGGUUAAGAUCAUCUCAAUGCUGAUUCCCGUUACCAGUCGUGCACGGAUCAAGCGUUGUGGAAUCAGUCCCCUGCACCUGGCCGCUGAGCGGGACCGAGAUGAUGCCCUGGAGCUGCUGAUAAAUUCUGGCUUUGAUGUCAAUGCCACGCUGUCUCAUGAUCGCUCCAUGCUAUACGAGGACCGGCGUAGCACCCCACUCUAUUUUGCUGUCAGCAACAAAAACAUAAAUGCCAUAGAGAUGCUUUUGGAGGCUGGAGCCAAUCCCAACAUUGACACGAUCAACCCUCUGCUGGUGGCCAUUCGUCAGGGAUGCAUCACCUCCAUGAAGCUUCUUGUGGAACACGGGGCCAACAUUGACUGCUACAUCGCCACUCAUCCCACCUCCUUCCCAGCUACCAUCAUGUUUUCCAUGAAGUACCUCAGCCUGCUGAAGUUCCUGCUGGACCUUGGCUGUGAUGCAGAGUCUUGUUUCACCUGCCAGUAUGGAAGCGCACCCCACCCUGUGCUUCCAAUCACCAGGAGCUAUGAUGUACCUAGACGGGCCUCUGCACCCAGGAUAGUGCAGUUCUGUGAGAUGGUUUCCACACCAGACAUAAGUCGAUGGGCUGGGCCAAUUAUUGAUGUCCUUCUUGACUACGUGGGCAACGUGACACUGUGCUCCAAGCUGAUUGAACACUUGGAUAGCUAUGAAGACUGGGCUGUGAUCAAAGAGAAAUCCCAGCUCCCAAGAAGUCUUUUACACCUCACGAGACUAAAGGUCCGUCAGGUAUUGGGGAAGGAACGACUGAAGCACCUCAACACUUUGCCAAUUCCUGAAAGAAUGAUUCGAUACCUGGAUUACAACAUCUCCAAGGAAAUCUAAAGAAGAUCUCUUAUGACAGGGAAGCUGUGCUGUUAACCAGCAGAUGCUGAAAACAAUGGUGUCAUAAACACUGAACAGGAAAACAUCCCAUAAUCAAGCAGUGAUCUGUUUGGCCCUGUUACACAGGGCAUGGAAUAAGAGAGCUGCAGUUACAGUGUUGCUCAUAUAUGACAUUUGCAGUAACAUAUCUAACUGUUCUGCUAGUGCUAAACUGCUGUUCCAAACUUUACCACCAGGGUGGGUUGUUUAGAAAGUGCUCUGAAAGUUUUGGUUUUUGGAUCUGUUGGUUUUGCUGUUCGUUUUUUCUAACACAAUUAAUUGCACUUGUGGAAUGCAAAGAAGUAUAUACGUUAUUUAAUAAUUAAUGUAAUAUCUGAGGGUAAUAGUUAGGUCUGCAGUAGAUCUUUAAUAAAACCAGGUGCAUUACAACUAUUGAUGAUUUUAAACUUUAAUAAUGUGAUUACAGUCCUAAUUUAGGAUUAUAAUAUAAUUAUAGUGAAGUUAAACUAUGGAUAGCUUGUCCUAAUUUAAUAUGUCAGCGAACCAAAGCAAAAAGUCUAAUUGUGUUAAACACCAGAAUGCUAUCCAUUAAUACAAAAUAAUGUGAAACAAAAUAAGAAGAGCUAAGAAGUGUUAAUAUACCACUGAAAUUGUGAAUUUGUAUGAAUAUGGUUUUAAAUGAGCAUGGAACAUAUUUUGCCAGCCAAAUAAUCGUAUGCGUAUGAACAUUACAAGAAUUAAAAGUUCAUUUUAAAAAACCUAAAAAUGCUAGUGAGGAAUUGGCCUAGGCUUUUAGACUUGUCAGUGUGCUAAUUUAUUUUAAAUGUCUAUGAGGAGACAACAUGGUAUUUUAGGAAGCUGUGUGUUUAUUUCAGGUAUUGUAAUAUUAGGGGCUUGUGCAAUUUCAUAGUAAACAGUGUAAUGUUUUAAAAGGUAGUAUAGUUUAAUACGAGGAAGUGACAAUAUUUUGGAAGGCAGUAUAAUCUUAUAGGAAUGAUGAGAAAAUAUAGAAAGCAGAGGAUAUGUGGAGGACCGAGAGGAGGCUGUUUGAGCUUAGUCCCAGUCACUUGGACCUCACCCUGUGAUUGGUGGGAUGUGUGUAUGAUGAGGAUGGAAGUUACAGUAAAUGUUUAAAUUGAUAUAAAUGAUUCUGGGUUGAUUAUUUCAGAAAAAGGCCCAAAGCUUGAGUGCCAUUUGUUGGAUUUUAGUUUAAACAUAGACUUUAAACCUGCUCGGCCAGGGGUCUAUUGCCUGGUCCUGCGUUUGGGGGAGAAAGAGGUAGACUUAGGUAGUUCCAAGGGUGUAAAUAAAAGGUAAGAAACAUAGUUACAUUUCACUGUUAGGAAGGUUGGUGGCUGUCCCUCAUUCUGAACUUUAAAACAUAUUUUACACAAAUUCAAAAGAUUUAAACACAGACACAUGACCGUGAGACACUGCAGCUCUGAGCUUCUAAUGUUGUUUACAUGUAAAUAACAUCAUAGGUGAUUAUUUUAAGCUCAAGGUAAUAGAUGUUCUGAAUCUUCGAUUGUUUUAAAGUCACACAUAUUGUAAUAUAUUGGAGCAAUUGUACUAUAAUUGAUGUUAUUUUAAUAUUGACACAAUUAAAGGCCUAAGGUAUUGCGUGCAAACAUUACAAGAACUGUGCCAAAAAGGGCAGAAUAACAUUUAAAAAGAUAUGUUUUUUAAUGUUGUAUUUCAUACUUUUGAUAAUCCUGCAUUGAUUUGAGAAAAUAUUAUUUUGAAUUGUAAGAUGUUUCUCACAGUGGUUCCAAAGAGUUUUAAAACCAAAUGAAUACACACUGUAUGUAUAGUUUAAAAAAUGGCUGAAAUGGUUGUAUUUAUUAAGGUGGAACUACUGAAAGCUUUUUUUUUUACAUGCAAUCCAAUACUGUGCAUAU